UAAUUUUCCGAAAAGUCAGUCGAGAUUCGCGUUUUCCAGUGUUCGGACGUACGCUUGUAAGUGCGCUCGGCGAAGCUGCGGUGGUUUUUCGCUUGUUUCUUCUCGCGGUUUUGGGUUUUUAUUUUAUUUGCUUCAACAACCUGUGCUAUAACUUUGUAAGAAAAGAAAAAGGUGGACAAAGUGUGAAUCGUGUCGUUUCUGUUGCAUUAAUCUAAUUACGCCAUUCAACUCAGCAGGCGGUACGGGGACAUCAAUUUCGGGGUUCGUUUCCUGACAAAGCCUACUUAUUGCUGGCUGUCUUCCAGCAGCGGGUUGCUUCGAUCGUGCGUUCAAAAGCGCGGAGGACGUGAUCCCCGAUAUAUUUGCGCUGGCGGAGGAAGAGAAACCUGCAUGCAGGUUGCUUCGAUCGUGUGUGCGAGUGUCCGUCUGUGUUUGUUAACAGUAGUGGUGCUGUUUGGUGUCUGGUUGGCAAGAAUCUAGAAGAAGGAAAGGUAAAAUAAAGUGGUGUCUCAAGCUUUGGUUCGGAAGCUUGUUUGUGGGUCCAGGUCCUGGUUUUUUUAUGUUUAAAUCUUAUUCCUGCGGGACGGCGAACUGGGCCUUAAAUCGGACAGCGCGAAAUUCGAAGUUGUGUGAGUGAGACACAAGAAGAAAGAAGCCCAAAGCCUACUAAGCAGGGCACCCCGAAGAAGAGAGUGGUUUUCGGAUCCGGAGGGAAAGGUCUGGAAGAAGAAUCGACGGCGAAAGAAGGUGCCUGGUUUUGGUGUCCAGUCGAAUAAAAGGGAAAAAGUCGAAUCCAUCGAAGAAACACGAUAACAGUGAGUGUGGGCAGCAGGAAUCCAAAGAAAGAAAGAAAGAAGGCAAGUUUCGCCACAUUGCUUUUGUAGUGUUCGUGUCGGGGCCCCGUGUGUUCCGUCCUCGGGUGGCCACGGAGGUGUUCUUCUGGUGACCGCGCUGUCGUGGAAGUUAAUGGCAUGAUUUGCGCUGCGGGUCGGGAGAAUAAGAAGAAGGGUCGCGAAAUUCCGGUGCACUAAAUUAUUGGAUCGAUAGGGGGAAAGUAACAAUCGGGGGAAAUGUUGAGGUUCCUGAGUCGGCGGAAGACCCGCAACGUGCCGGGCACGGAUGCGGCCGACAGCCAGAUCAAGUCGCAGCGCAUCCCGACGAAUAAGAAUCUGGUUCCUUGUCGGGUGAUACUGCUGGACAAUACGGAUCUGUCCGUUGAUUUAUCGAAAAAAGCCCUGGCGAGUGAUUUGUACGAGCAAGUUUUCUAUUCGCUGGAUCUGAUCGAGAAGGAUUACUUCGGCCUGCAGUACACCGAUGCCAACAAUGUCAAGCACUGGCUCGAUCCGACGAAGGCCAUCAAAAAGCAAGUCAAAAUCGGUCCCCCCUACACCCUCCGGUUGAAGGUGAAGUUCUACUCCUCCGAACCGAACACGCUCCGGGAGGAGCUCACCCGAUAUCAGUUCUUUCUCCAGCUAAAACAGGAUCUCCUCGAGGGUCGAUUGGAGUGUCCGGACCCACAGGCGGCCGAGUUGGCUGCCCUUGCCCUACAAUCUGAACUGGGUGACUUUGACGAGACGGUCCACUCGGCGGUAACCGUGUCCGAGUUUCGAUUCGUGCCGAACCAAACCGAAGAGCUGGAGCUUUCCAUACUGGAGGAAUACCGGAAGUGCAACGGCCUUACGCCGGCCCAGGCGGAAACGAGUUUUCUCAAUAAGGUCAAAUGGCUGGAUAUGUACGGCGUCGACAUGCAUACGGUUCUGGGCAAAGAUGGUUGCGAGUACCACCUAGGCUUGACGCCGACCGGCAUCCUCGUGUUCGAGGGCAUCCAGAAGAUCGGCCUCUUCUUCUGGCCCAAGAUCGGCAAGCUGGACUUCAAGAAGAAAAAACUGACGCUGGUCGUGGUGGAGGACGACGACCACGGCCGGGAACAGGAGCACACGUUCGUCUUCCGGUUGCACAACGAGAAGGCCUGCAAGCACCUGUGGAAGUGUGCCAUCGAGCAUCAUGCCUUUUUCCGGUUGCGUGCCCCGGUUAAGGGUCCCUCCGCCAGGCAGAACUUUUUUCGGAUGGGCUCCCGCUUCCGAUACUCUGGCAAAACAGAGUUCCAGACAACGCAGCAAAACCGAGCCCGGCGGACGGUCCAGUUCGAGCGACGGCCCUCGCAACGUUUCGCACGACGACAGUCACACGUGCUUCGCGAACGGCAGAAACAAGUCCAGCCCGACCAGCCGGAACAAUCCACCCAACAGCCACCAUUAUUGUCUACCGCUGAUGAUGCCCAGCACUCCACCUCCGGAACAUCGACGCCAUCCGCGAACACGGUGAUCCACAAUCACAUCUCGGCUUCAGCCAGCAGCGCUUCGGAUAUCGGGCUGCACGUGGUGAACGGCAAUCUGCCGUCGCUCAGUUCCAACAAGUCAAUCUCAUCGAGCGAGGACGUCACGUUCGGCAAGCUGGGGUCCUUCGGCAAGGCCGGAAUCUCGUACAAGCCCGAAGAGCCGCUCGGCAAGCUGAUCGACCACGAGAACCCCUUCAUGCGGGUUCCCGGUCACCACCACGGCGGUUCCUUCGGCAAGGCUUCCAUCAGUUCCGGUUUCAGCAUCAAAACCACCUCGUCCGAUCGGGACAGCCACAUCGACACGCUGAUGAAAACCAUUGCCAAGGAUCCGUCGCCUUCGCUGCACGGCGUAGAACUGAACGAUGCUAGUAGCUUUAAGAUCACCAUUAACAAGACCUCCGAGUUGGAGACGAACAACGACACGCUGAAGAAGCUGGCCACCGGAAGCAGUGCGGCCGCGGAGAAGCCGAAUAACCAGAUCAAGCUGUCGAAUGCUGCCGUGACGCCACUUCCACCCGGGCAGAUCAAGUGUAAUAUUCUCAAAGCACGCGUUGAAGAGGAACUUCACCCGAAGUUGACCAACCACCAGCUGUACGUUCCGCUGAACGACGGUCCAGAUUCUCUGAGUGCGGCCACAUUUGUGUCGGUGGGAGGUGAUAAGCUAACCUUGAACCUAACUGGGACCACGACUCCAACGGUCAGUGGCCACACCACGGUAACGUCGAUGCUGUCCAGUCCAACGGCGGUCACUCCGACCUCGCCAACGCAAUCCCUGAAGAGUUUCCUCUCGCCGAUGACUCCACCGCCCUCGCUAGUAUCAACCACCAGCACCACUGCCGUCCACAGCAGCCUCCCCGACCAGGGAACCUCCCUGCUACUGAACGGCCUUGCUUCCCCACCGGACAACGUAACCGUGACGCACUUCUCCGAGCAGAAGGGCGGAAUCGUCGAGAAGAUCAGCGUUCCUUCCCUUACCUCUAUGGCAACCAGUCCCACCGUAGAGAAGAUCGCCAACAACAACCCCUUCCUGAACAUGUCCCAUCCGUCCUCUCCAACCGUCCCGGUAACCCCCGGCAAGUCAUCCACCAACCCCUUCCACAACAUCUCCACCUCGUCCAACAGUUCCGGAACGUCCGACGUCGGCCUUAACUCCGCCGAAACCGUCAGCAUCCCUAGCUCCCCCCUCGUCCUCCAAACGCCCGAGUUCAAGAGUAGCAACCCCUUCAAGGACUCCAGCGGAGGUCUGAACACUACUAGCAGUAGUAGCUCCCGAGCCCGCAGCAAGAGUCCCGCCAUCAGCAAAACGGCGCUCAGCAGUCGGAGCAACAGUGGCGGAAGUCGCGGAACGUCCCCCAUCAGCAAUGGACACCUCACGCCGAAUGUGAUCGAACUGAAGAGGAAUCCCAGUCUAAGGAGAUCGGUGGCCGAGGCGCUCAAGACGGCGGUGGUGUCGACGAGUUCAACGGAUGCCACGGAUACGGCGGCGGCAGCGGUGACAGCUGCGUCGGCCCUGAGCAACGGAAUUCUGGCGACGGAAAGUAACGGAAAGACCGGAAAACCGACCAAGGAAGCCCUGAAGGAGAACAUCAAACCCUACUCGAUGGACAUCUCGCCGUGGCUGGUCUCGUCGGAUGUGGUUACCGGGUCGAGCAAGGCCAAGGAGGCCACCAUCAUCCGGAAGUCGGUCAUCACCACGCAGCUCUAACUUUUGGAGGGCUCGGACGGAAGCUGUCGCUUUUUUAGAUUUUUAGGUGUGUAAAAUAUUUUUUCCGAUAGAAGAGAUGGACGAAAAUUGUUGUUUCUGGAUUACUAGAGGUUCAACUAGUAACUCUCCGAUUCAGUUUCGUCUAAGUACGUUAAAGUUGUUUGUUGUUAGAGGUUAGAUGAUUCGAAGUGACUAGAUUUUUUUGUUUGUUGGAGAAAGGGACGAGUAUUCUUUCUUGAUUUUAGCCAACGGUAUUGAUUCGUUUUUUAAAGGAAACAUUUGAACUUGCUUUGCAAUAGAAUAUUGAAGCAAUAAAAGCAUUGAAGUUAGAAUGGAGUUCUUUCCGUCAGAUCCAAA